AUGAGGAAACCAGCUUCUUCACUCUCAUGGAAAGCCGAUCAGAUAUGGCAGCAGCCCUUCUAUAGCUGGUCUGACAAAGACAACGAAUGGCAGCCUCUCCAAUCCACCCAGCCGUCAUCAGGGACUCCAAAAUUGAAGAAGAUAGCGGUAUACAGCUGGAACAUAGAUUUCAUGCUCCCACAUGCUGAGUCUCGAAUGAAUGCUGCUCUGAAGCACUUGGAAGAGCUCAGUCGGCAGCAUCGAUUGGAUGAGGAUACAGCCGUUAUUGCCAAUCUACAAGAAUGUGUACCAUCCGAUUUGGACACUAUCGGCGAGAAAGAAUGGAUUCGGGAAGGUUUCUAUCGAACAGAUAUUGACACGUCAGCUUGGGCUUCUGGAGCUUACGGCACGACCACGUUGAUCGACCGACGAUUCGACAUAUCAUCUUGUUUUCGAGUACACUAUUCGGCUACCAAGAUGGAACGAGAUGCGCUAUUUGUUGAUGUCUCACUGCCUUCGGAUAUCAGGAAGUUCAGGUUCUGCAAUACGCAUCUUGAGUCUCUCGCUCUUGAACCACCUUUGCGCCCAGCGCAAAUGCGCCUCAUCGCUUCACAUAUGCACGCCGACAAUAUUACCGACGCGGUCGUCACAGGAGACUUUAACGCCAUACAACCCUUUGACCUAACCCUCCAUUCGGAUAAUAACCUCAAAGACGCAUAUUUAGAGCUUGGCGGUGAAGAGGGUGACGGACGAGGUGAUGAUACUGGGGGAUAUACAUGGGGUCAACAGGCUUUACCCGAGUUGAGAAAAUUGUAUGGCUGUUCGCGCAUGGACAAGGUAUUUUUCCGUGGCGAUGGCCUCAAGCUUUCGCAGUUUGAGAGAUUUGGGAAUGACGUUGAGCCUGAUGACGAGGAUGAGGACGCGAGACAGGAAAUUCUUUCGAUUGGGUUUGAACGGCCGUGGAUCACUGAUCAUCUUGGCGUUAAAGCGUUGUUCGAAGUUAGUGUUUGA